CAACGAUUGGCCAGCAUCCGGGGCCACAACCCGGGCCCAUGCAGCAGGUAGCGGGUCCCCCGCCACCGCCGCCGCCUGGACCCAGAGGGCCACCACAAGAACCACAUCACCAAGAACCAGUCCAAGGCUACUCUCACGGAUGGCCGCAGAGAAUGCCCUAUGCGCAUCGAUACUUCCCACAACCACAGCACCUCGCCCGGACGGUCCCAUCAGUCAACAACGAUGGCUACAACUUUAUGCUCGUGUGUCAUUCUGUGCGAGAGCAUGUUCGGCCCAAUUCGCCUAUGAUUGAGCACGUCGGGUUUCUCCUCCGACGCGAGGUCAUGACGUCGCUGAGCCCAUUCGUCGACAGCCUCACGAAAGACUUUCCGCCAGGGGAGGUGUCUCUCUGGCUUGACGAAACUGAAGCCAACGUUGCGGCCCUGUUGGAGGUAUGUAACCUCUUGCCCGACAAGCCACCUCAAGCACAGACCUUCCACCCCACUGCGCGGCAGUACAUGGGCGCGGGGGUCAUUGCGACAAAGUACAACUUUGCAGCGCUGGUGCCCUCGAUCCAGUACCACAUCCUAAAUGCGCCGCCAAGGGAGACUGCGUGGCAGUUUGAGGAAAUUGCCUUUUUCCUCAACUUUGCGCACACGAGCCGGUCGCCCGCGCUGUGGGACAUGUGCAUCCGCUACCUGGGCGCCUGGCGAUCACAGCUCGACCCGAGGCGUCUACCCCGGGAACGGACCCGGGAGCUCGAUCCCAAGGUCCACAGGGUACUGCUGACCUUUGCGGCCUGUACGCGCGGUCGGACCCUCUUUGACGGCCUCGAAGGGAUCAAGGUCAAGUAUGGCGGCGUGGACGAGCCGUAUGUCGUGGUCGAGCCUGAGUAG